GCUCUGUACAUGCGAUCCCCGGCAGCUGGCGGGCUCAAACAGGGGGCCAGCCGCCUGCUGCUGCCGUUGCUGCUGCUGCCGCUGCCGCCUCUGCCGCCGCCGCUACCACCACCACCGCUGCUCAGCCGGGACUUUCCAUGCCCCGCACUCACUGCCUUGCCUCCCUUGCCUUCUGAAAAGUGCAGCCGUUCUCCAAAGGAAUUUCCACGGUCUUGGAAGGGGAUGAUUCCCCAGUAAUCUUCCCUGCCUCGACCCCAGGUGCUGCUCUGCCUCCCUUCCUCCCUCCCUUCCAGGGAAGACCGUUUCUUGUCUGACUCCUGCCAUCGAAAGAGACUCCGAUGGACUUACACCGGGCAGCCUUCAAGAUGGAGAACUCAUCCUACCUCCCCAACCCGUUAGCAUCCCCAGCCCUGAUGGUCCUGGCAUCGACAGCAGAGGCCAGCCGGGAUGCCUCCAUCCCUUGCCAGCAGCCCCGACCCUUUGGGGUUCCUGUCUCCGUAGAUAAGGAUGUGCAUAUCCCCUUCACCAAUGGCUCCUACACUUUUGCCUCCAUGUACCACAGGCAAAGUGGGGUGCCUGGCACCUUUGCCAACCGUGACUUUCCCCCUUCCUUGCUGCACCUCCACCCCCAGUUUGCACCCCCAAACCUAGACUGUAGCCCCAUUAGCAUGCUAAACCACAGUGGCGUAGGGGCCUUCCGCCCCUUUGCCUCCACUGAGGACCGGGAGAGCUACCAGUCGGCCUUCACGCCUGCCAAGCGACUCAAGAACUGCCAUGACACAGAGUCGCCCCACCUGCGUUUUUCUGAUGCAGAUGGCAAAGAGUAUGACUUUGGGGCCCAGCUGCCCUCGGGUUCCCCCAGCUCCCUCAAGGUGGAUGACACUGGCAAGAAGAUCUUUGCUGUUUCUGGCCUCAUUUCUGACCGGGAGACUUCAUCCAGCCCGGAAGACAGAAAUGAUAGAUGUAAGAAGAAGGCAGCGGCGGCAGCAGCAGCUGCAGCAGCGGCAGCAGCAGCCCUAUUUGACAGCCAGGCCCCCACCUGCCCCAUCUGCCAGGUCUUGCUUCGGCCGGGGGAGCUGCAGGAACACAUGGAACAGGAGCUGGAAAAACUCACCCAGCUGCCCAGCAGCAAGAAUUCCCUCCUGAAGGAUGCCAUGGCCCCUGGCACCCCCAAGUCUCUCUUGUUAUCAGCCUCGAUCAAGCGAGAAGGGGACUCACCCACAGCCUCUCCACAUUCCUCAGAUGAUCUGCACCAUUCUGACCGAUAUCAGACCUUCCUGAGAGUGAGAGCCAACCGGCAGACCCGGCUGAAUGCUCGAAUUGGGAAGAUGAAGCGUCGGAAGCAGGAUGAAGGCCAGGUAUGUCCCCUGUGCAGCCGCCCCCUGGCAGGAUCGGAGCCCGAGAUGAGUAGGCAUGUGGAGCAAUGCCUUUCCCAGAGGGAAGGCUCCUGCGUGGCCGAGGACGACUCUGUGGACAUCGAGACUGAGAACAGCACCCGCUUCGAAGAGUAUGAGUGGUGUGGGCAGAAGAGGAUACGAGCUACCACCCUCCUGGAGGGCGGCUUCCGAGGCUCUGGCUUCAUCAUGUGCAGCGGCAAAGAGAAUCCAGACAGUGACGCCGACCUGGAUGUGGAUGGCGAUGACACCCUGGAGUAUGGGAAGCCCCAGUACACUGAGGCCGAUGUCAUCCCGUGUACUGGUGAGGAGCCAGGUGAAGCCAAAGAGAGAGAGGCCCUUCGGGGAGCCGUGCUAAAUGGUGGCACACCCAGUACUCGGAUAACGCCAGAGUUCUCUAAGUGGGCCAGUGAUGAGAUGCCCUCCACAAGUAACGGUGAGAGCAGCAAGCAGGAGGUGGCCAUGCAGAAGACAUGCAAGAACAGUGACAUUGAAAAGAUCACGGAGGACUCAGCUGUGACCACAUUUGAGGCCCUGAAGGCCCGUGUUCGGGAGCUGGAGCGGCAGCUGUCCCGUGGGGAUCGAUACAAAUGUCUCAUCUGCAUGGACUCCUACACAAUGCCUCUGACAUCAAUCCAGUGUUGGCACGUGCACUGUGAGGAGUGCUGGCUCCGGACCCUGGGAGCCAAGAAGCUGUGCCCCCAGUGUAACACCAUCACAGCCCCCGGGGACCUGCGGCGCAUCUACUUGUGAACCCAGAUACCAGGACCAGGCGUGAGCCCGCCCCCAGCCCUGCUCACCCACCACCCACAGAGACAGACACACGUGUACACAGGCGUGCACACAGGACUCUGGAGCCAGAGUGGAGGGUGUGGAGCAGCCCAGCCCCCCUCCUGCCCCUGCCCCACCCAGCCCUGGCCAUCUCUGUCCCCGCUCCUGCCCCUGUGUGUCUGCAGCUGGGCGGGGUGGAGCGCUGGGUCUGGGCAGACACACAGAUGGACCUGCACACAGGCCAGACAAGCACAUGUAACAUAGACCCUGUAUGUUUACAAUGUUGUGUAGAGAUGGGAUGGACCCUCCCUGCCCUGGCCCUGCCCCCUCCCCACCCUUCCCUGGGUUGUAGGUUUUCUUCUUUCUUAAAGGAGGCAAGGAGUAGAGGCCCCAGCCCUCGGGGAGCCCCAGCCCCUUCCCCACACUGGUUCCCUGUGUCUGCCAGUGGUGGUUUCAUGUUCAGUGGUGUAUAGUUCUUCACUCGGCCCAGGGGCCGGCGGCUUGAGGAGUGGGCUCUGACCCUAUCUGUUCUGGGGCUCACGUGGUCACUGGUCAGUGCUAGGGACCAGGGCUGCUUAUAAGGAAGGAGUGGGAGUCCCUUCCGGGGCAGUGACCCUCCACAGGGGAGGGGCUGACUGCCCUGGCCCUGGCCUGCCAGCCCCUGCCUGCCGGCUGCCGCGGACGCUGUGCUGUGAUGCUGUGUCUGUAUAUCCUCUGCCAAGGUACUUGUCCUUCCUGUUUGUAAACUACAUUUGACAUGAAUUAAACCAGUGUACGCCCAUGUCUA